AUGAUGAGACCCCAGAACUGGAGAAGCAUUAUCCGUACGUCUGUGAAUGCCAGUGGAGGUGCCACAGUCACUACCAGCGGCUCACAAGUAGCCACCAUCACAGUACAGCCAGCGACCAUCCCUAUGUCUCUCACAUCUCGCCGGGUUCGACCACUGGUGGUCAGUGAAGAUGGGGGAGGAGUGGAGGUGAUGGUGACUAGGGAGUUUGGGGACUUGGGGGUUCAACUGGCAGUGGCUGGAGGUGACUACACAGCUAAUCAUCUGGCAGUCUCAUCUCUUGAAGAGGCAGAUCUGACAAAGAGCUUCAGCUCUGCUCAAUCAGCAGUGACAGUGUUCCUGAACUGGAUGAGGUACCAUUUCAUAGCCAUCAUCUUCGUGGAGCUGGAUCUGACUCUGUGGAGGAUGUUGACAGCUCUGCUACUACCAACUUCAGCCAGUGGUAAUGGGAGUCUGGCAUUUGUGGUGAUUGCUGAAAAUGACGAUGCUCGUGGAGUCCUGCAACUAUCCAGCUCGACAUAUGAAGCGGAAGAGUCCUCACAGAACUUUGUGACUGUUAGCCGAGGAGCUGGUAGCUUUGGAACAGUGACAGUGGAUUGGGAGGCAGUUGCCAUCACAGCCCAGUCCUCAGACUUCACUCCCCAGAGUGGAUCAGUGGUGCUGGCUGAUGGUGUCUCCUCCACCCAGCUCCCUCUCUCCAUCGUCGACGACACUGAACCAGAGUUCUCCGAGACCCUGACUGUCAGUCUAGUGGGCAGCGGCAGAGGAGCCAGGCUCGACGGCAUUCUAUCAGCCACUGUCACCAUACUAACCAGUGACGACCCCAAUGGAGCCCUACAGUUUGCCGUGGGAAGUCGCUCUGUGUCAGUGCUAGAGCCAGAGGAUGGAGCCUCAGUCUCAGUCAGUUUGGUAGUGGAGAGAACUGGAGGAGCAACUGGUGUGGUGGAAGUCUCCUGGACUCUCACUUCACAAACGGGGAUGAUCCUUCGCUGGACAUUGUGCCAGUGUUCAGGGACUCUGCCAGUACAUCAGUGGAGUUACCCAGCCGUCUAUCACUCCUAUAAUCACCCCGACAUCAUCCCUGAAUUGCUGAGGGAAGAAGUAAUCAUUGAGGAAGGAUCCUCAAGUGUAAAUAUUCCGGUCACAAUUCUGGCAGACGAACUCCCAGAGCUGGACGAAACUUUCCAACUCAGUUUGGUCAGUGUCUACUUCACCGAGGAAGUCCCUGAAGAUAUGGGAGAUGGUGGGCCUCAAUUGGGGGAGAUCACUGUGUCGGAGAUCGUAAUCAGAGAGAAUGAUGAUCCCUACGGGAGAUUCCGUAUAGCAGGAGGGAGUGGCGAGAGCGUUGUUCGAGUUCCCGAGGCGGACAGUCUCGGAGUGAGUCUGACAGUCACCAGGGAGGCCGGGAGAGUGGGGACAGUAGAGGUUACCUGGAGUGUGAGCGGAACUGCAGAAGAAAAUGUGGACUUUGCAGGAGCCGUCCUGGCAUCUGAUGGGGGGAGCGAGGCGACGGUGGUCAUUGAGGCAAACGAUAACGCUGCUGGAAUCGUGGGACUCGUGGAUUCAGCUCGUUCUGUCAUCGUGGACGAGGGGGGCACUGUCAGCCUGGGUCUGGAGAGGAGUCUGGGGAACCUGGGGGUGGUGGAGGUGACUUGGGAGAUCUCUGGACCUGGAAACGUGUCACUGGAGUUUGUUCCUCAUCAGGGACCGCAACCUUCCAAGAGCGUAUGCCAUUUUCCCUCUCCCCUUCCUCUCUCCCUCCACUUUCUUUCUCGUCGCUCGCCUUCUCGCUGCAGCUAUGGACCUCUGGUGCUGCUUGAUGUGGCGUAUGAAGCUGUGAUGGGCAACGUCAGAACACUGGCAGGCAACUCCACUCUGGCCACUCCAGGGCUUGAUUUCAACAACUCCAACAGGACCAUUAGACUGGAAGAUGGGCAGCUAUCAGCAACCGUUCUGGUGCCCAUCAUCAACGAGACAGAACCGGAGCUGUCAGAAAUGUUCCUGGUCCGGUUGAGUUCUGUUACCCUCGAUCCCCAGUGA